AUGACAUCCAACAGAUCGACGAUGCUCGAAAAGACUCGUCUGGCUGACAGCGGUUCCAUCAGAGAGGCCAACUACACCUUCUUCUGGCAGGGCCUACCUCAAGAUGACCCAAGGCAACACGGCGUAGGCUUCGCUGUGAGGAACUCGCUGAUACCAGCCAUUGAACCAUCAACUGGCGGAUCUGAGAGAAUCCUAACACUGCGCCUCUCAACAUCUACAGGUUUCGUCAACGUCCUCUGCAUCUACGCGCCAACGCUCUGCGCCACCCCAGAGGUCAGGGACCAGUUCUAUGAGGCAUUGGAUGAGACGAUAUCCAGGAACCCCAAUACUGAAGGAUUAUGCCUACGAGGAGACUUCAAUGCUAGAGUGGGAGCCGACUGUGACAGUUGGCCCUCCUGCCUCGGUCGUCAGGACAGAGGCAAGAUGAAUGAGAAUGGACAGCGGCUGCUGGAACUGUGCUGCCACCACGGACUGUGCGUGACGAACACCUUCUUCAAGUGCAAAGGACGCCACAAACUCGACCUUGUCAUUACCAGGCGUGCAGACCUAAGGAACGUUCUUCACACUCGGAGGUUCCACAGCGCAGACUGCGACACGGACUACUCCCUAGUAGGCUGCAAAGUGAGAUUGACAGCCAAGAAAAUACUUCGCUCCAAAAAAAAGGGCCUCCCUCGCAUCAACACCUGUCGCUUCAAUGACCCUGAGAGUUCUCGUUGCUUCCAAACCACCUUUAGCGCGAAGGUCGACACAUCCUCCUUCAGUGCCACUGACAUCGACAAUAGAUGGCACCACCUCCGUGAUGCUAUAUACACCUCAGCCCUUACUGCGUUCAGGAAGAAGGGUCGUCGAAAUGCGGACUGGUACGAAACUCACUGGGAUGAGAUGCAGCCAGCCUCUGAAGCCAAGAAUCAAGUACUUCUGGCCUACAAGCAAAACUCUUGUGCCAGUACCCGCAAUGCCCUCAACACUGCUUGCAGCAAGGCUCAACAGACUGAACGCCGCUGCGCCAGCGUCUAUUGGCUGAACCUGUGUAGCAGGAUCCAGACAGCUGUCGACAGUGGAACCGCAGUAGGCAUGUACGCCGGCAUCAAAACCGGCACUUGCGCCAUUCCCAUCAAGACGGCUCCGUUGAAGUCCAGGGCAGGAGAGGUCAUUAUAGACCAGGGCAAGCAGCUGGAGUGCUGGUUGGAGCACUACCUGGAGCUUUAUGCAACUCAGAACGAGGUGACGGAUGCUGCCCUGGAUGACAGUCUCCCAAUCAUGGAGGAGUUGGAUAAUCCGCCCUCUGCCGAAGAACUCGGAAAAGCCAUCGACUGUCUCUCCUGCUGGAGGGGCGCUGGGAGGGACGGGAUCCCAUCAGAGGUUCUGAAGAGUGGUAAGCCAGCUCUGCUGCGGCCUCUCCACGAGCUCCUGUGCCUGUGUUGGGAAAAGGACCACGUCACCCGGGACAUGCGAAAUGCCAACAUUGUCAUCCUCUAUAAGAAUAAAGGUGACCGCAGCGACUGCAAUAAUUACUGUGGCAUUUCCCUCCUCAGCGUCGUCGGGAAAGUCUUUGCCCGCGUCGUCUUGCGACGCGUGCAGAGCCUCGCCUCCCGUGUGUACCCCGACCUUCGACUUGGUCAGCAGAAGCGCACUCUUCAGCCUCCUGGAGAGGAAGGUAGGAUGCCACCCCCACCCAAGACUGCUCCAGAUGGUCAAGUCCUUCCACGAGGACAUGCACAGCACAGUCUGCUACAACGGCGGAGCAUCCGACGCCUUCCCUGUGAGCAGCGGCGUAAAUCAGUGUCCUCGCGCUGA